CCUCUCCUGUGGAUACUUAGUCUCCUGCGGGCGUUAACGGCAAAGUUGAGCUGUCGCUCCGGUGGUUCGGUCCCUCCGAGGAGGUCUCUCUCUCUUUUUCCUCUGUUUUCAAGUUUUCGGUUCAGGUGGACGAACUCACUCUCAUCUCCGCCGUCAGGAUGUCUCCGUCCACGUCCCCCCGGUUCUUCACGGAGAGGGAAGUGGCCCGACACAGCACCAGUGACUCCUGCUGGGUGCUGAUGGGGACCAGGGUGUACGACGUGACCGCCUUCCUGCGGAUGCAUCCCGGCGGGGAGGCGCUGAUACGCAGCCGCUCAGGAAAGGACGUGAGGCAGGCGAUGGAGGGUCCCCCGCACCGGCACUCGGAGAACGCCCGGCGGUGGAUGGAGCAGUACUACAUCGGGGAACUGGACCGGGACAGCGACCCUGACGGGGCACAGACUCUGAGAGAGCGAAGGAAAACCAGUGAACAGGCCGGAGGAAAGACGGCAGGAGAAAAGACAACGCAGGAGGAGAAGGUGGAAGAAGACGACACGACCUCGCCGUACAGCCGCUGCGCCCCGGUGGACCUGGACAAGGAUUUGGUGGACUGGCGGAAGCCCCUGGCUUGGCAGGUGGGAUACCUGGGGGAGAAGUACGACGCCUGGGUUCACCAGCCAGUCGACAGGCCGAUCAGACUGUUUGGAAACCCCUUGCUGGAGGCCGGCACCAAAACGUCCUGGUACUGGGUACCGGUGGUGUGGCUCCCUAUUGUGUUUUAUUACAGCUGGUAUUGCUACUCUACUCUGGCAAAGGGCACCACCAGGAUAGUCCUCACUUCAGACAUCUCCAUCCCAGUCCAUCAGUAUGUUUUCCCGGUGCUCUUUUUGACGGGCUGGUUCUUGUGGUCGUUCAUCGAGUACUGCAUCCACCGCUUUGUCUUUCACAUGAAACCGCCGGCUCAUAACUACUACCUCAUCACGCUACACUUCCUCCUGCACGGACAGCACCACAAGUCUCCCUUCGACGGCUCCAGGCUGGUCUUCCCUCCAGGCCUGGCCUCUAUAGUGGUGGGAAUCUUCUACGCAAUCCUCUGCUACACGCUCCCAGAGAUCCUCGGGACGUCCGUGUUUGUCGGAGGACUGUGUGGCUAUGUCGUGUACGACAUGAUCCACUACUAUCUUCACUACGGCUCGCCCAAGAGGGGCUCGUACAUGUACAGCCUGAAGGCCUACCACGUCAAACACCACUUUGAGCACCAGAGAGCAGGAUUUGGAAUCACCACCACCUUCUGGGAUCACCCCUUUAACACAGUCAUCCCCGACGAGGAAUUCUGACGCAGACCCGGCUCUGAUGAAGGGCCACAGGACUCGUCAACUCCUCAGCACCGAGCCCACAUGCUACAUCCACCCUCUUAGUUCAGUUUCUGCUGCCAAAGCUUCCGGGGAGGACUCCAGCCAAAAAAAACGUCAUUGUAACACAUUAAUCAGCUCCGCCGCGUUAUAUUUUUCCUCUAGCUCAGUCAUCUGAGCGCAUGUCAGAAUCCUCACUGUGAUCUUCUCCACACAGCUGCAAGGCCGUCCUGUGCCAUUUUUAUUUCGCUUCUUUAAAGAAAAUAACCAAACUCACACCUGCUGCCAAGCUUUCACCUGGUCGCCAGUCACAACACGGUAAUGUACAGACAGAGGAACACAUAGAAAAGCAUGUGGACGUCUGCUGAAUGUAUUUAGCUUUAGAUCUGAUGCAGAAUUGCACUGAAAACAGAAAAUAUAUGCUUCUUGAUGUUAAAAGGUACGCUGUCCAAGAGGGAAAAGGAAGUGAUAGAUGGUAGGUGAUCGUGGAGAAACAAAAUGUGGGUGAGAGGUAGAAAGAGAGAGAGCUUUUAAACCAAUCACCAGGUGAACCUACUCAGGAAUAAUCCUCCUCUUCAAUAUCUGCAGCUUCCUGUUUUUGUUCUCCGCUGCUACGUACGCUGCUAACAGUCAACUAAAGAUCCCUCCACCCCAUCUGGGCUUACUGUACUUCAUUUUACCUUUUCAAACGGCUGUGAACAGAAAAAUAAUAAUAAUAAUAAUAAUAAUAACAUUUGGUUUCAGAUAUUUGAACGUCCAACAGCUUAGCGCUUUUAACUUAUUAGCAGUAAAGCUGCAGACUUUAUACAGUAGUAUGAGUUUUUAAAAAUGUUUGAAACCACUGUUGGAGAUAUAUUUUUGCAAGUCUGUUUUUUUUUUCUUACUGAUUAAUUAUAUAACAAGAAUGUUUUAAAAAAGAAAGAAAGGUUUUUGUACAGAGUGGGGAGAUUCUUCGAUUGCACCAGCUUCACUUCGAGUUGGAUGCGUUUAGAUUUAAAAAGGGUUGUCAUGGUGACGGAGAGGAGACAGAGCUGCAGGCAUGAAGCCAGUCUGAUCGGGACUUCCUGCUGAGGAGAUCCCAGGGUCGAAGCUAACAGGUUUUUUAAUAUUUUUUUAAUUUUCAAUUUUUUUUUUUGCUCCCCUGUGGAUCUUCCUGCUGCAGGAUGACGAUCGACAAAACCAUCUGACUGGACGGCGGGAGGUCUCGACCGGGACUGGCCGAUCCUCAAAAACACUGUGUCUCCUCUUCUGGACACCAGAUAACCAAAGCAGAACAAAACUUAAUUCAUGAUUACGUAAAUAGCACAGUGGGCAUUACAGUAUAUCGGUCUGUGUACUUUUUUGUAUUUCAAGUUUGGUUUUAGACUAAAAAAAAUACGAGUUAAUUUGAUUUUUCCGUUUAAAAAGCAAAAACAAAAUUAAAAAAAAAAAGCUAAACAAGUAAAUUCACCUUUCAUACUUUAAUAUUCUAAAAAACAAAACAAAAAGAGAACUAUACAAAAAAGCAGUCGUUAUUUGAUUCAUAUAAAACUGGAGGUGAUGAUGAAGAAGAGGUUGUUUACAGAACAGACCACCGACAUGACUUUGGAACAAUAUUCAGAUGUAACUUUAGUGUCAUCUGAAUUUAUGUCUUAGCGUUUGUCUGGUGAAUACAAAGUAACAUCAGGUUUAGUCAGUGCUGAACAUACUGAUCUGGGCCUGGGGGGAGCCGUGUUGAAGUGUUCCAGGUGAAGACUACUUCCUGGUUCAUUCAAGUAAAUGUGUAUUUUUUUAUUUUUCACUUGUUGCACUUUUGUUUUUUGAAUCAUAAUAGUAGAAAGUCUUGUUUUAAACAACAGAAUAAAAGAAAGCUUUCUUUUUCUUUUUUUUUUUUGUUUUUGGAUUUUUUUUUUUUUUUUUAAAGAAUCAAAUAAAUCUUUGUUUCUAGUUUUAAAAGCAAACUUGAAAAAAAAAUUCACGGACUCAUAUUGUACCGCUAUCCCACAGAAUCAUUUUAUAUUGAGCUUGGAGAAAAGACUGCAUUAACCAAGUGCGCAUAUAUUCAUUCUUACAUGUAAAAAAAAAUUAAAAAAUUUAAGGUUUCAACCAGAUGAAAAAUCAGCGACACUGUACGAUACCUCCGUUUUCUUUAGUUUUAUACAAGUUAAUGCAGUAAUAAUAAUGAUGUAAUAAUAAGAAGGCUGUGUGACCAGAAAUGUCUUUCAAUAUCACCAGGGCUUGAGCUAAACCAAAUAAAUGUUUAUCUACAGAUACCAGUGAAUGUAAAACUCAGAUGAUAACAAAUGUUGUUGCCUUUCCCGGCACUGAUGUCAGAUGUUUAGUUUUGUUAAUACGACGCGAGGCUCGUCACAGUGAUUCCACCCGUUGGAACUUUUUAAAUCUUAUUUAUGUAUAUUUAUGUGACAGCAGCAGCUUUGAUUCUGACAUCCACAGGCUAAAUCAUGCAGGAUAAAUAGUGAUGAUAAUAAUAGUAAUAAUAUUUCCACAAUCUGUUUACUUUAAUGUCUGUUGUUUUGGAAUUUUAAAUGUCUAUGCAAAUGCAAAUGUAUUUGUAAAUAAAUGUAUAUUUCUGA